AUGGCGGCGGUGGUGGUGGUGGGCGCCUACACCAACCCCGCCGACCUCCCCGCCGAGCUCCGCCGCCUCGCCCGGGCUCACCCGCGCCUCGUCCGGCUCAUCUCGCUAGGCGAGCCCGAGGCUGGCCGCGGCGUCUGGGCCCUGCGCCUCGGCGCCGCCGUCGCCGCCGAGGCGCGGGGCCCAGAGGCGCGGGGCCCAGAGGCGCCUGGCAGCCUCGCCUCGCUAGGCGAGCCCGAGGCUGUCCGCGGCCUACGGGUCCCGCGCUUCGCCGCCGCCGCCGUCGCCGAGACGCGGGGCCGAGGCGCGGGGCCCAGAGGCAGCGGCCAGCUAGGCGAGACCGAGGCUGUCCGCGGCCUACGGGCCCCGCGCCUCGCCGCCGCCGCCGCCGCGGAGGCUGUCCGCGGCCUACGGGCCCCGCGCCUCGCCGCCGCUACCGCCGCUACCGCCGCCGCCGCGGAGGCGACCAGCCUCGGGCUCGCCUCGCUAGGCGAGCCCGAGGCUGUCCGCGGCCUACGGGCUCCGCGUCUCGGGGAACGCCGCGACGCGGGCGGCGGCGGCGGCGGGAAGCCUCGGGUCAGGGUCGUGGCCGUCGAGGCCCCGGCUCGGCAGCUCGCCCUGCGCCUUGCCUGGCACCUGGCGGCGGCGCACGAGAGGGGCGAGGCGAGGGCGAGGCGGCUUCUGGACGGCGUCGACCUCCACGUCGUGCUGGGGGUGGUGCAGGGGGUGGUGGAGCAGGAGGGCGACUGCGUUGGGGGUGGCCCAGCGCAGGAGGAGCCUCACUCUCCGGUGACCCAGGCCGCCGUGAGGCGGUGGCUUCGCGAGCGAAACUUCGUGCUGUCGGGCUACCUGCACAGUGGCACGUUGCCAGCGAAGUUCCCGCUGGACGAGGUCGCCGUGGACGCGGCGACGUUCCGGGCCCUGGCCCGGACGUUCUCCGGGCGCCAGGCGGCCGCCUCGAGGAGCAGGGGGAGGGGCACCCCGCGGGGGGGGUGCCCCUCCCCCAACGGGACGCGGGGGGACAGCACGCGGGGCGGCGUGCUGGGCGACAGCUCUGUGUGGGAUGGGGGUAGCUGCGUUGAGCUGAGCCUGCAGCUGUCCUGCUGCAGGUUCCCGCCGGCCUCGGCCCUGUACUGCGGGGUGCUGGGCGACAGCUCUGUGUGGGAUGGGGGUAGCUGCGUUGAGCUGAGCCUGCAGCUGUCCUGCUGCAGGUUCCCGCCGGCCUCGGCCCUGUACUGUGUACUGUACUGCGGGGUGCUGGGCGACAGCUCCGUGUGGGAUGGGGGUAGCUGCGUUGAGCUGAGCCUGCAGCUGUCCUGCUGCAGGUUCCCGCCGGCCUCGGCCCUGUACUGUGUACUGUACUGCGGCGUGCUGGGCGACAGCUCUGUGUGGGAUGGGGGUAGCUGCGUUGAGCUGAGCCUGCAGCUGUCCUGCUGCAGGUUCCCUCAGGCCUCGGCCCUGCGCGGCCUCUGGGACGUGAACAGGGAGCCGCUAAUUGCGUUCCUCGAGCAGGCCCACAUGGGUGUGAGGGGCUUCGUGAGGGGUGCCGGUGCCAAAUCCUCGGCACUGCCGGGUGCCACCGUCGCCGUGUCUGGCGCCAGGCUGACGGUGAGAACCUGCCGCUACGGUGACUAUCACCGCCUGCUGGUGCCCGGCACCUACAGCCUCACCGCUUCCUCGCCGGGGUACCGCCCUCACACGGAGCGUGGCGUUGUUGUCACCGAUGGCUUCACCACAAUCCUCGACUUCUACUUGCAGCCCCUGGCCGAGGUGAGGAUGGCCACCACCACCACCACCACCACCGCCACCUCCACCACCACCGCCACCACCACCACAGAGUGGCGCCACCACAACUACGCCGAGUUGGAGUUGGAGCUGCGGGCUCUGGAGCGCGACUUCCCGUCCGUCGCUCGCCUCUACAGCGCCGGCGUCUCUGUGGAGGGGCGCCAGCUGCUGGUGCUGGAAGUCUCCGACACGCCGGGGCAACACGAAGCCGGCGAGCCGGAGUUUCGCUACGUGGGCAACAUGCACGGCAACGAGGUGGUGGGACGGGAGUUGCUGCUGGCCCUGGCCCGGCACCUCUGCCGGAGCUACGGCACGGACGAGGCGGUGAGCCGUCUGGUGAACACCACGCGGAUCCACAUCAUGCCCUCCAUGAACCCGGACGGGUACGAGGUAGCCGUGCCAGGUGACGUGUCCGGCGUGGUUGGCCGUGACAACGCCAAUGGCGUCGACCUCAACCGCGACUUCCCCCGCCGCUUGGCCGCCGCCGGCGUGGGCCAGGGCCGGCCGCAGCAGCCGGAGACGCUGGCGGUGAUGAGCUGGGCGCUGCGGGAACCAUUCGUGCUGUCGGCGAACCUGCACGGCGGCUCGCUGGUGGUCAACUACCCGUACGAUGACUCCCCGCAAGGUCGUCCCCGCUACACAGCCAGCCCCGAUGACGCCAUCUUCCGUCAGCUGGCGCUCGCCUACGCAGACAAUAAUCCUGACAUGGGCUCUGAGAGACCUUGCGCUGCCCUGGGCUACGAAGAUUUCUUCCGGAACGGUAUCACCAAUGGUGCAGCAUGGUACAGUGUUACGGGAGGCAUGCAGGACUGGGUUUACCUCCACACGAGCUGUAUGGAGGUGACGGUGGAGCUAAGCUGCGAAAAGUUCCCCAUUGCAUCCGAGCUCCCGCGCUACUGGAGCACGAACAGGGACGCCAUGCUCAGCUACAUAGCCCAGGCUCACCGCGGCGUCUCGGGCUUCGUGGUGGACGCGCUGAGCGGCAGCGCCAUCGCCAACGCCACGGUGGAGGUGGGCGGUGUCGCCCACGCGGUGCGAUCGGCCCACGGCGGAGACUACUGGCGCCUGCUGGUGCCUGGCACGUACAGCCUCACUGCCUCCGCCCCUGGGUACCGCUCCCAGACUCGGCAGGUCGCGGGUGCCGCCGGGCGUCACCGGCACCGUCACCGGCACCGUCACCGGCACCGUCACCGGCACCGUCACCGGCGUCACCGGCACCGUCACCGGCACCGUCACCGGCGUCACCGGCGGCACCGGCGGCACCGCCCGCCUCGACUUCGCCCUGCCGCCGGCGCCGCCAGCCGGUGGCACCGCCGGUGA